CAAAACAAAACACACGCCAUGCUAACUGGAAGUUCUACCUGACGUUUCUCCUCUAUUCUCCUCUGAAAAACCUUUAAACUCAAAGAAUGGAGGCUGUGGGAGAGGAGGAAGCGGACUGUAUAAAACUAAAGUCCAUCAAAGACAGGAAAACGUUCAUAGUGCCUCAGGGCGACAGGUUUGGAAGCUGCAGAAGUGUCAGAGAGUUUGAGAAACUCAACCGAAUAGGAGAAGGAACUUAUGGCAUCGUGUAUCGAGCCCGAGACACCAAGUCAGAUGAGAUUGUAGCUUUAAAGAAGGUCCGCAUGGACAACGAGAAGGAUGGGAUUCCCAUCAGCAGCCUGAGGGAGAUCACACUCCUGCUGAGGCUGAGACAUCCCAACAUUGUGGAGCUGAAGGAGGUGGUUGUAGGCAGCCAUCUGGAGAGUUUGUUUCUGGUGAUGAGCUACUGUGAACAGGACCUGGCCAGUCUGCUGGAAAACAUGCAGACGCCGUUCUCUGAAGCCCAGGUGAAGUGCAUCGUCCUUCAGCUGCUCAGAGGUCUGGAGUAUCUCCAUCACAGCUUCAUCAUCCACAGGGACCUGAAGGUGUCUAAUCUGCUGAUGACUGACAAAGGCUGCGUGAAGAUCGCUGAUUUUGGAUUGGCCAGGAUGUACGGCAUCCCCCAGCCGCCAAUGACCCCCAGAGUUGUAACGCUGUGGUACCGAGCUCCAGAGCUCCUCCUGGGGACAAAGACUCAAACUACAGCUCUGGACAUGUGGGCAGUGGGCUGCAUCCUGGCUGAGCUUCUGGCCCACAAACCUUUGCUUCCUGGAACCUCUGAGAUCCAACAGGUGGAUCUGAUCGUGCAGCUGCUGGGAACCCCCAACGAGAACAUCUGGCCGGGUUUCAAUCAGCUCCCCCUCAUCGGUCAGUACAGCCUGAGGAAGCAGCCCUACAACAACCUGAAGAACAAGUUCACCUGGCUGUCUGAUGCUGGACACAGACUGCUCAACCUGCUCUUCAUGUACAACCCACAGCGCAGAGCGACCGCCAAAGAUUGUCUGGAGAGCUCCUACUUCAAAGAGAAACCUCUGCCCUGUGAGCCGGAGCUGAUGCCGACGUUCCCGCACCAUCGAAACAAGCGAGCGGCUCCUCCGCCUGAGAGUGCCUCCAAGAAGAGGAGGAGCAAAGUCUGAGUGGGACACAGAGCGCCCCCUGGUGGGGAGCUUCACCACUCCAUGCCACACUGUGAGAAAGGAAGACUGUUAACGAUGCUUUGUGAAGUUUAAAAACGUUGUUUUCAAUGAGAGACAAAGACGCAGCGCAGGUCUGAUCAUCAAACCGCUACAUGGUGAGGAUGGUUUGUUUUAUAUGCGGAAAUAGAGUUUAUCCUUACUGCUUCUGCUUUCUCAUUUUGGGAUUUUUAUCAGUUCCUCGGAGGACUCUACAGGCCUAAAUGAGAUUACAUGAAUGUUCAAAUCAACAUUCAGGAUAAGAAGUUUUAACUUAAACCAUAGCCUGCUUGCUUCAAUGCAAUCAGGAGGAAACUGGUCGGUCUGUUCUAACUGUAACUGAACGUCUUUGAUUGUACAAACGCCUUUUGUUUUUCCUCUGUGAAAACAGUCUGUAUUGUACAGUAGUGCUUUAAUAGCAUGGUGUAAAUCAAUGGUGUGAAGUUUUACAAAUUUUAGUGUAAACCGACUUCGUAUCCUGGGAGAGAAACACCGGGAGGCAUCAUUUGUGUUGCAUGUUUCAGUAAAAAUGUCAUCACUAUGAAAGUCAUCUCCUUCUUCUUUUAUACGU